AUGGGCAUGAAAGCACGCUGUCAGUGCUCACAGGUGCAAUUUACCACACCAACCGACAAGCCACUCGCACUUUACGCAUGUCACUGCACCGAAUGUCGUCACCAAAGCUCUGCCGCCUUCGGCAUCACCGCCAUCUUCCCCUACUUCGAGCUACCGGAUUCAGCAUCUGAUCUGAUUGGAAGAUAUACUCGCAUUACGCUCAAGGGCAGAUACAUGGAAUGUUUGUUUUGUAAGAACUGUGGCGCGCGACUGCUACAUCUCAUCCAUGACACGGCACCUGUGCCUGGCGAAAAGCCAAAGCCUACUUCAACUGCGAAUGUGAAGGGUGGUUGCCUUGAGGAUUUGGACAAGCAAAUGAUGAAGAAUGUUGUCCACAUAUGGACUAAGCACGCAGUCGUAGAGAUUCCUGAGGGCGCAGAGAAGUGGGACGAAGCGCCGCCAGUUGUGAAUCCCUUGAAACGUUAA